AUUUAUUUAAUUUAAUGUACGAACCAAUCUCCCCACCCAUACCCAUCACAAACACUUCAUUCUAUACUAACUCACUGCCAUACUACCACUGCUCUUCUGUUUUCAGAUCUACACAACACUGAACAAAAAUGCAGCACCACCACCCUCUCACUCUCACACUCACCACUCUCUUCAUCUUCCUCCUUUUCACUUUCUCCUCCUCCCACGAAGAUCUAAUCCAUUCCUCCUGCCUCCAUGCCAGGUACCCGACCCUCUGCCUCCGAACCCUCUCCAACUACUCCGGCCCCGCCGACACCCCCUUGGACGUCGCCCGUGCCGCCCUCAGGGUCAGCCUAGCCCACGCCCGCAGAGCCUCCCACUACCUGCAUACCUCCAAUGGCGGCGCGAGCAGUACCAGCAGCAGCAAGCGGCAGCGAGCGGCGCUGAGUGACUGCGCGGAGCUGGUAGCGGACUCGGUGGAGGAGCUGCGGAAGAGCUUGGAGGAGCUGCAGCACCUGCGGCCGGAGACGUUCAGGUGGCAGAUGAGCAAUGCUAUGACGUGGGUCAGCGCCGCCCUCACCGACGGCGACACGUGCCUCGACGGCGGCAGUGUCAGGCUUGAUGUGAAGCGCAGGGUCACCGACUUGGCAAUGGUUACCAGCAAUGCUCUUUACAUGAUCAAUCGUUUGGGCCAAGGUGGGCCUGGAAAGCCCGUGCCUCAUUCUAGGCCGGGCUUGAGUGUUAAGAAUUGACUUAUUGGGAGAAACAAAUCGAGAGUGUGUUGUAGACUUGUAGUGCUGGAUUUAGUUAAGCAUGUUACUUAUUACUUUAA